AGGUCUCCAAAGUAUAAGAUUCGCAACGCAUCGUUUCGCAAUAGACAGUACUUCGUUUAUUAUCAACCAACUGCCAUGUCUGCGACGAAAAUGAUUCUACUUUCUCUGGUGCUAUCAGCCGGAGCAUCCCAACUUAUAUCGUCGCCGUCCAGUCUGGUGGCUAGACAAAAUUUAGAGGAGGAGUCGCCCGUUGACGGCGGAGAAGAGUACCCCGAAAACGGAGGUGUUGUAACGGAUUCACCCGGAAAUGGUGCCGAAUGGGAUCCGGUUUGUCCUCGUACGGGAAGUGCAGCGGUCUGUUUGGAUUGUACCAAGAUUUCGGUGUGUUUAAGAGGAACGGUUCUUCCAGCCCGGGACUGCCCUCUGGAUGCUCCUUACUGUGUGAACUCAGACAUUUCGGGGGCUCACUGUUCAGCAAGGCCGGAUGAAGAACGUGAAGGCUGCACCAGCAGUUUCCGGUGUUCAUCCGAGGGGUACUUUCCAGAUCCAAACAACUGCUACUACUAUUACUUGUGCGAUGCUGAUCUGAAUGCCUUCAAAUAUGACUGCAUGCCUGGAUACGUGUAUGACAUGACCAACAAAAAUUGCCGAAGACAAAUCUUCCCAUCGGAAUGUAAGACUCUGGAUUGUGCGAAAUCCAACGGGGUGUGGGUCUAUUACGAUAACAACAAACAGUUCUACGGCUACUGCUACCAGUCGGAGUCCGGAUCGGAAGAAGUAGUGUUGUUCAAAUGUAGCGAUGGAUCUGAGUUCAACGGUCAACAAUGCCAGUACAAAUGCAGGUCCGAAGGCAAAUUUCCCGACACCCAGGAUCGGUCAAGGUAUUUCGAAUGCUACUUCGUUGGGUUCACUCUGAAUUCUCGAGUGAAGCAGUGUGCAACGGGAAUGGUUUUCGAUGAGAAUGCGAAGAUCUGCAAAUCUAGCCAGGGAGUUAGGCAUAGGUGAAUUGAAUAAACUAGAUCACUUUUUUUUU